AUGUUCGACAAGGUGGUAUCACUAGGCUCGCGCCUGCACUACCCAAUAACAAUCACAAAACUCAUCAAAUCUCCUGGCGACACGAUCAAGAAACAGGAAAACAUUAUCGAAUACAAAUUCUCGUGGCGGCGCAAAGUCAGCGACGAUACUUGGGUCGACGAGACUACCUACACCGAGUUUGACAGCCCUGCCGAAGGCAAGCUCAAAGAAUGGCGUAUCAAGGAAGGCGAUUUCAUUGCUGCCGACAUGCCUUGCAUGACGGUUGAAGAGGCCUGCAGCCACGAGGUGCAAAUACAAGGAAUGUGCAGUCUGUGUGGCGCUGACAUGACGGAGACGAACUGGGCGUCAGAACAGCGUGAUUCUGAGCGCGCCAUGAUCAAUAUGACCCACGACCAGACAGGCCUCCUGGUCAGCGAGAAUGUCGCGCAAAGAGUCGAACACGACACGCAGAAGCGACUACUCCGACAGCGCAAGCUCAGUCUCGUUGUUGAUUUGGACCAGACCAUUAUUCACGCGUGCAUCGAACCAACCGUCGGCGAAUGGCAGCGAGACCCAUCAAACCCCAACCACAGUGCUGUCAAGGAUGUCAGAAGCUUUCAGCUCAAGGAUGACGGCCCUCGUGGCCUGGCUUCAGGCUGCACAUACUACAUCAAACUACGGCCCGGCCUGAGAGACUUUUUAGAAGAAGUCUCCAAAAUGUACGAGCUCCAUGUUUACACAAUGGGUACUCGUGCAUACGCUCUCAAUAUUGCCAAAAUCGUCGAUCCCGAUCGAAAGUUAUUCGGCAAUCGUGUAAUUAGCCGUGACGAAAACGGCAGCAUCACAGCCAAGAGCCUGGCCCGCCUGUUUCCCGUCAGCACAGACAUGGUCGUUAUCAUCGAUGAUCGAGCUGAUGUCUGGCCCAUGAAUAAGGCAAAUCUUAUCAAGGUCGCGGCUUAUGACUUCUUCAAAGGUAUUGGCGAUAUCAACGGCAGCUUUCUGCCCAAGCGCCAAGAACUUGCGCCCGCUCCAGCCAAGGCGAAUGGCGUCGCAAUCAAAUUAGCUCACGGUUCGGACAAGGAGAAAUCGCCGACAGACGACGCCAGCUCGAACAAGGAUUCCAGUCUCGAGGAUCAGACGGCCGAGCAAGAGAAGACUCUGGAAAAACAGCUUAAGGAUAGGCCAUUGCUUCACAUGCAGGAAGAACUCGACAAGGAAGAUGAGAAGACUGCGCAGGAAGCAGAUAGUGGGGAAGCACGCGCGCCACCCAGGCGACACAACGUCCUUAUUGACGACGAUGAAGAGCUGGUAGCUCUCCAAGACCACCUCACAGACAUUCACACAUCCUAUUACGAGAUAUAUGCCCGGAAAAGAGCCGAGCGCCAACGGUCUCAGCCCACCCACCCGCCUAGCCACAGCAGCGCCCAUCGUAGGCCCUCUGUGGAUGAUGGUGUGGAUCUAUCGAUGGCGCCCGACGUGGGCGAUGUUUUGGGCGAGCUCAAGUCCAAUGUCCUUUCUGGCCUGGUUAUUGUAUUGUCUGGACUUGUACCACUUGGUGUCCCGAUUGAAGAGUCUGACAUAGGAAACCAGGCUCUUAGCUUUGGCGCUCAGGUACUGAAUGUGGUGUCGAAGCGCGUCACGCAUCUUGUCGUGUCUACAUCGACACCACGCACAAACAAAGUCCAGCAGGCCGCGAAAAUAUCCAGCAUCAAGAUUGUAAACCAAAAUUGGCUCACGGACUGUCUUAGUCAAUGGCGACGCCUAGACGAAAGGCCUUACUUGCUCCCCAUCUUGGACGCCGACCGUGCAAAAUCGGACGACAUAACCGAGUCUGCUUCCGAGGCUGAAGAUGCAGACGCGGAAGCCAAGGACCUCAAAGACUUCGAUUGGGAUACGGCGGACAAGGAUUUGCAAGACUUCUUGGACGAUGAUGAGGAGGGUGACUCUGAAGACGAUGACAACUACGGCAACGAUUCGUUUGAGAGCGGCUUGAUUACUGAGAAUGAGAGCGAGAAUGAGAGCGAGAAUGAGAGUGACGCCUCUGAAAGCCCACAAAACAAGGGACUCAAGCGUAAAGCUGGCGAGGCCAACAUCGAGGAAGGUGACUCAGAUACGGACGGGAACGUUGCAGACGAGAGCUCGCUGGCCAAGAAGCAGCGCUUGUCGCGCAGUCGUGGCACAUCAGCUCUUCGAUCUGUGCAGUCGUCCGGCGACAACUUGGACGGUUCUGGUGGAGGCGAGAAUGGACUUGCAUUGAGGAGGCAGAAUGGCCAGGCGGAUACAAAAGCAGAGGAAGAGCUCGAAUUUGACGAAGGGGAUCUAGAGAGAGACUUGCUGGCCGAAUUGGAAGCCGCGGGAGACUGA